CCAGGAUGAUGAACCAUACCACCAUCUACCAACAUGAUUAUGAAUAUGAUUACGAUCUUUACCACGACCUUCCGGACGUUCCCGUAGACUGCCCAGAUGGCGAAUGCUUAUCUAGUGAUGUCUACCUCAUAGCCUUGGUUCUUUUGUAUGCAGCCAUCUUCCUGGUGGGUGUGCCAGGCAAUAUCUUGGUGGCUUGGGUGACCUGGAAAGAAUCCUGCCACAGGCUUGGGGCCUCUUGGUUCCUGCACCUGGCCGUGGCUGACUUGCUUUGCUGUGUGUCUCUGCCCUUCCUGGCUGUGCCCAUCGCCCAGAAGGGUCACUGGCCAUAUGGGUCAGCAGGCUGCUGGCUGUUGCCCUCGGUCACUGUCCUGUCUAUGUACUCCAGUGUGCUGCUCCUGACUGCCCUCAGCGCUGACCUCUUCCUACUGGCUUUCAGGCCCUCCUGGAAGACUGCUGAUCACCGGACACUCGGGGUGCGGGUGGCCCAGGUCUCUUCCUGGAUGCUGGCCCUGGUGCUAACGGUGCCCUCUGCUGUCUACCGUAAGCUGUAUCAGGAGCAUUUCCCUCCACGGCUUCUGUGCGGUAUAGACUAUGGGCACUCUGUCGCUGCAGAGGCCACCAUCACCGCCGUUCGAUUUCUCUUUGGCUUCUUGGGGCCAUUGGUGUUCAUGGCCAGUUGCCACGGCAUCCUCCAAUGGCAACUGACCCGACGUCACUGGCCACUGGGCACAGCUGUUGUGGUUGGCUUUUUCAUCUGCUGGACCCCUUACCACAUCCUGAAGGUCAUAAUUGCAGUGGCUGCGCCAUUCUCCUUGCUCCUUGCCCGGGUCUUGGAGGCUGAGCCUCUGGUUUCAGGCCUGGCCCUUGCUCACAGUGCUCUCAAUCCCAUAAUGUUUUUGUAUUUUGGAAGGAAACAACUCCGCCAGUCACUCCAGGCUGCAUGCCACUGGGCCCUGAGGGAUCCACAGGAUGAGGAAAGUGUGGCGAGCAAGGUAUCCACCAGCCAUGAAGUGAUGUCUGAGAUGGCUGUGUAGGCAAGAGGAAUUUGAAUUUCCUAGGCCAUUUCACAAUUGUGCAGCUUCAGGCACAGCUGGAUCCAGGAGCUCCGCGACGGUUUUUUGUUCUUCAUUUUAUAAACAUUCAUUGUGCACUGGCUUGUGCCAAGCCCUGAUCUACAGGUGCUGGUUGUGGCAGUGGCCUGAACCAAUUCUUGCCCCCAGGAACCAGCACUUUGUAGAGGAA